AUGAAUACAAUCGAUGCAGAUGCUCGUCGUCUUCAGUCACUUGGUUACAAACAAGAGUUAACACGAGGUUUUACUUGUUUAACUAAUUAUGGAAUGUCUUUGUCAGUUAUCAGUGUGACAUCAGGUCUUUCGUCACUUUUCUCCUAUGGAAUGAUUACCGGCGGCCCAGUCGUGAUGAUCUGGGGAUGGUUAGUCGUUUGUUUUUUCACUCUCUUUGUUGUCUUCGGUAUGGCUGAAAUCUGCUCGGCUUAUCCGACAGCAGGUGGGCUAUAUUAUUGGACAGGUAUACUCGUUCCACAACGACACAAAGCAUUGGCAAGUUGGUUUACAGGUUGGUUUAAUUUAAUCGGACAAUUUGCCGUGACAGCAGCAAUCGAUUUUGGCCUUGCGACAUUAAUUGCAAGUGUGAUUUCAUUGUGUUUUGAUAUGCAAUGGUCGCCUAAACCAUAUCAUAUUCUUUUAAUUCAUUUAUCGAUCAUCAUCAGUCAAGGAAUAUGUAAUUCGUUAGGUGUACGUUUUCUCUCUUGGUUGACGUAUGUAUCAACAUGGUGGCAGUUGUUAGCACCGAUAAUUGUUUCAAUCACACUGUUAGUUGGUGCGAAACCAGGACAUCAAUCGAUGAAAUUUGUUUUUACUGAAUUUAAGAAUGAAACCGGAUGGACAAACAAAGUCUAUGUCAUUUUAAUGGGUCUUCUACAAGCUCAAUAUGUGCUGACGGGUUACGAUGCAUCUGCACAUAUGACAGAAGAAACAAAACAAGCAGAUAAAGCAAGUCCAUGGGGAAUGAUCAGUGCGAUACUAGUUUCAGCUGUUAUCGGUUGGCUUUUUCUUAUUGCAUUUUGCUUCGGCAUACAUGAUUACAAUCAUACUCUUCAAACUCCAACUGGCUUUCCAAUUACACAGAUUUUACUUGAUAAUUUCAGUCGCGAAUGGACUCUUGUCUUCAUGUCUCUUCUACUAGUUGCGUGUUGGUUCUGCGGUCUAACAUCAAUUACAGCCAAUUCAAGAAUGAUCUACGCCUUUAGUCGAGACCAUGCUUUGCCUGGUUCUCGUUGGUGGCAUACGAUUCAUUCACGUUUAUCAUGUCCUAUCAAUGCUGUAUGGUUAUCAUGUGCUAUUGCAUUUCUUCCUGCUUUGCUCUAUUUAGUCAAUACAACUGCUUAUGUGGCCAUUACUAGUCUUUCAACAAUUUGUUUAUACAUAUCAUAUGCGCUACCAAUUGGAUGUAAACUUUUUUAUCCGAACAUAUUUCUUGGCGGUCCGUUUCAUCUGGGAAAGUUUUCCACGCUCAUCAAUACGGUUGCUGUCCUUUGGGUUAGUGUUAUUGUCGUUCUCUUCCUUAUGCCACCAGUCCAUCCGGUAACAGCAGUUACUAUGAAUUACGCAUCGGUUGGUGUUGGAGGUGUACUGAUCUUUGCUGGACUUGCUUAUGUUCUUUCGGCAAGAUAUUGGUUCUAUGGGCCAGCGACGAAUGCAAACAUAAACAUCGAUAAAAUUCAUAUGAAUAAAAAUUUCAUCUAA